AUGUUCCUUAUUGCAUUCACUGUGAUCCAAACUGUUACAGCUGCAUAUAACGUGUUGUUUAGUAACAGUUGGAUUUUAAAAAUUCUAAAUGGUUCAUUACAAAAAGCUUAUAAUUUGGAUCCUGAUCUGAUAAAAGAAUUCGAAUAUGAG